GACUUGCGAGAGAGUGAGACGGUGUGCAGUAAUCAGACUGCUGAGUAGGUCGGCUUUAAAAACAGCACAUGCCAGAGAGGCAGAAGAGAGAGAAGCUGCAGUUUUUCUCUUAACGUCUAGAUGGAUGUGAAAGAGGAGAUGUGCGAGUCUGACAUGAAUAUCCCGGAGAUAAGGACUGUAAAUAUUAAGGAGGAGGACUGGGAAUGGGAGUCUGUUCUCCCUAAACAGGAUCAUCUCUGCAUUAAAGAGGAGGACUGUGAGCUGGGGUUAGUGCAUGUUAAAGAAGAGGCUGAAGAGAAGUUUGUCAGCAUUGAGACAAGUAUCCAUACAAGUCUGGAGAGUGUCAAGGAAGAGGACCUUCACAAUGCAUGUCAAGAUGGAGCCGUGACUGGGAUGGUCUCUUCUCCGAGCAAACACUCUCCUGGGCCUUCUAUCAGCGUGAAGUCUGAAUCUUUACAUUCUGACACAAACAAGACGGAGGAGAAUUUCACAGUUAGAACAACAGAAGAUCAGCCACAGUCUGAAAAUAAAUGUACAAAAAGAAGCAAACAUCUCUGCAUUAGUGAAUGUAGCAAACAAUUCUCAGACAGGAGCGGUCUUCAGAGACACACCGUACCUGCCACUGGAGAGAAGCCGUACAGCUGUUUGGAAUGUGGCAAACGGUUUUUGCUAAGGAGCACUCUUCAUACCCACAAGAGGAUUCACACGGGAGAGAAGCCUCAUUGCUGUUACGAGUGUGGCAAACAGUUUUCACAAAAUGCCCAUCUGCAAGCCCACAAAAGAACUCACACGGGAUUGAAGCCAUUUUGCUGUAAUGAAUGUGGCAAACAGUUUUCGCUAAGGAGUAAUCUUCAGACCCACAUUAGAACUCAUACAGGAGAAAAGCCGUAUCGCUGUAAUGAAUGUGGCAAACAAUACUCUGAGAGGAGCAGUCUUCACAGACACACUAGAACUCACACUGGAGAGAAGCCCUACAGCUGUUUAGAAUGUGGAAAACAGUUUUCAUUAAGGGGCAGUCUUAAGAGGCAUUCUUCAGUUCACACGGGAGAGAAGCCGUUUUCCUGCUCGGAAUGUGGCAAAAAAUUUGUGCGUCUGGUCAGUCUUAAGAGACACUCUGCAGUGCACAUGGGAUAGAAGAAGAAAGCUCUGUAGGAGGAAGUUGAUGGGUGAAGGAGGAUGGAGGAAGAAGUGAAAUGUAUAUCCAGGAGUCCUUAAGUUUUGAUGAUUACCAUCAUUGUAUAUAAUUGUCUGGGAAUUUUCCUUUUAAAUAAUAGCGGAGAUCAGCACUAGACUUUCUUUAUUACAACAGGUCUGAGGGAGCCCUGCCAUGUGGAAACCUAAGUAGCUGUGAUAAGAAUGAAGAAAUAUGUCAUUGUUUGAUCCUGUGAAGAAUAGGAAACUUUGUAUAACUGUAAAAAGCUGUUACAAAUGUGGCAAACAGUUCUGUCACAGGUGUCUUCUUCAGAUACAGUUUUUAACUUGUACAUGACAGAGGUGACAUUGCGUUCCUGAAUGUGGUAAACAAUUCCCGGACAGAAGUACUCUUUGAAGCCAUAGAAGAAUUCAUACAGGAGAGAGUCCAUAUUGCUGUUCUGAAUGUGGCAAACGAUUUUCACAAAGAGGCCAUCUUCACACCCACAAACCAAUUCACAUCGGAUAGAAGCCACAUUGCUGUUCUGAACGUGACAGACAAUUUUCUUGUGUAACCAAGUUUAGAAACACUCUGAAAGUCACAGGAGAUAAGGAGGAAGCUUUAAAGGAGUAAGUAUUCAGGUAAAGAAGGCAUAAAUGGAACUCUCCCAACUCCCUGCAUCUUGAUAAGUACUUUCAUAUGGUGGAAUAUCCAAUCUCUUCAAGAUGAAACUACACUUGUAAUAUUAAAAGGAUGCAAAAAAGUCAUUCAUCCUGGGCACUCAUAUCCCCAGAUAAAAAGGUGCCCAUUCUUUGCUUUGGCCCUUGGGUUGGGGAUACAAUGUGGGAAAUAAUUAUUUGAUCCCCUGCUGAAUUUGUACGUUUCCUCACUUACAAAGAAAUGAACAGUCUCUGAUU